AUGCAUCUAACAGUCUACUAUAACUACAAAAUUCCAGAAGGUCAUUUUACUUCGAGUGUAUAUUCGAAUGGCGACGGCGGCGAUAGAGACUCGGCAGGCGGAGGAGGUAAAAAACCACCACCAGCAAAGCGCGUCUGGCGGCGGAGAAGGGCUUCGGCAGUACUAUCAGCAACGCAUACAGGAUCUGCAGCUCCUAGUCCGCCAGAAAGACCACGAUCUUCAGCGUCUCGNCAGAAAGACCACGAUCUUCAGCGUCUCGAAGCUCAGCGCAACGACCUCAAUGCCCGAGUGAGAUCACUGAAGGAAGAACUGCAGCUUCUUCAGGAGCCUGGAUCAUAUGUUGGGGAAGUUGUCAAAGUUAUGGGAAAAUCAAAGGUCCUGGUCAAGGUCCACCCUGAAGGAAAAUAUGUUGUUGAUAUUGACAAGAACAUUGAUAUCACUAAGAUUACACCCUCGAUGAGGGUUGCUUUACGCAAUGAUAGCUAUGUGCUCCACUUAAUCUUGCCUAGUAAAGUCGAUCCAUUGGUGAACCUCAUGAAAGUUGAAAAGGUUCCAGACUCUACUUAUGACAUGAUUGGUGGUCUUGAUCAGCAAAUUAAAGAGAUAAAGGAGGUCAUUGAACUUCCAAUAAAACAUCCAGAGUUGUUUGAGAGUCUUGGAAUUGCCCAACCCAAGGGAGUCUUGCUCUACGGGCCUCCAGGCACAGGUAAAACACUGCUUGCAAGGGCUGUGGCUCACCACACUGACUGCACUUUCAUUCGAGUUUCGGGCUCUGAAUUAGUCCAGAAGUACAUUGGAGAAGGCUCAAGGAUGGUUAGAGAACUUUUUGUAAUGGCCAGAGAGCAUGCUCCAUCAAUCAUCUUCAUGGAUGAAAUUGAUAGCAUAGGAUCUGCUCGCAUGGAAUCUGGAAGUGGCAAUGGGGAUAGUGAGGUUCAGAGAACUAUGCUGGAGCUUCUCAAUCAGCUCGAUGGAUUUGAAGCAUCUAACAAGAUAAAAGUAUUGAUGGCAACCAAUAGAAUUGACAUUCUGGACCAAGCUCUUCUUAGGCCUGGAAGAAUAGAUAGGAAAAUUGAGUUCCCAAAUCCCAAUGAAGAGUCUCGGUUUGACAUCUUGAAGAUACACUCAAGGAAAAUGAAUUUGACGAGAGGGAUUGAUCUGAAGAAGAUUGCUGAGAAAAUGAAUGGUGCAUCUGGUGCAGAACUUAAGGCUGUUUGCACAGAAGCAGGGAUGUUUGCUUUGAGAGAGAGGAGGGUUCAUGUGACUCAGGAGGACUUUGAAAUGGCUGUCGCUAAGGUCAUGAAGAAGGAAACAGAUAAGAACAUGUCUUUGAGGAAGCUUUGGAAGUGGCGAAACCAAGAUGCGGAUGUAGUGGAUGGAGGCCGCCAACCCCCUCCUCCGCCAAUGCCUUGGACUGUUGCAUGCGACGAUCUGGUGGAGGCGACGGUGAAGCCUAUGGUUGCCAUGAGGGAGGUUUCUCUGUCAUAA